AUUUUCUUUGUGAGUCGAAGGUUUCGGUGGCCGAGGUUGGCAGCACGACCAGUCUUUCUUCCGAGUUCCCCUUGGCGUCUGCGCCUCGGCCGCGUAUAAAUGCGUGAACGCCGCCCGUUUGCACCAGCCGACUUUGCUCGUCGAGACGCAGCAGUAGCCCUGUUCAGCCAGUCCAGCAAAUUCAGCAAAUUCAGCCCGCACGCAGCCCCCGCUGUCGCUCUUCAUCCAGCACCAUUGCAAAUCGCCACCAUGAGGUCCUCCAGCUUCCUGCUCGCCGUGCUUGUGCUCGCCGCCGUGCUGGGCCCCGUCCAGGUGAUGGGCGGCCCGGCGGCCUACGGGAUCUGCCAGUCGGGCUGCAACGCGCUAGCCGUGGCGUGCUACCUCGCCGCGGGCUCGGUCAUGGGGGUGGGCUCGGUGCCCGCCUGCAACGUUGCCCUGGGCGUCUGCAUGACGGCCUGCAUCGCGGCGGGUGCGGCCCCGACGCUGUAGCGAACGACAUGGCCCUUGCCGACGAGGUGGACGGCCCUCGAGUCAAGAUGAGCUCACCUCUUGGUGCAGCAGCCGAGAACCACCGCAUCAACAUCCUGACUCAACUACCGCCGUGGUGAAGCCAAGACGACCCACGUUCAGCUUCCACUAAUUUUAGAGUGGGUCGUCUUCCCAUUUUUUUUUGUUACUUUUACUGUUUUCUUCUGACGAUCACAUUUUAUUUUUACGUGUUUUAACUUUUGAAUUUGUAACCUUCAUGGGUGUUUUAGUUGGAUGUUUUAAGUUAGUUAUUUUGUUAGCUUGGUUAAGGAAAUAAACAUUCACUUACAAGUA